GUGAUUGGAGGGAAACCCCGUGGAUUCGCCGUGCCGCUCGCGAGGAUCAGCUGUGAGGUGUAGUUAGCUAGGUUAGCAAGCCCCGCCACGGACGUCGUUCUCCCCGUUAGCUAGGUUAGCAAGCCCCGCCACGGACGUCGUUAUCCCCGUUAGCUAGGUUAGCAAGCCCCGCCACGGACGUCGUUAUCCCCGUUAGCUAGCCCUGUCACGGACGUCGUUCUCCCCGUCGCUCACUCAGCUCUUAAGCAGCCAUGGACAAGAGCGAACUGGUGCAGAAAGCCAAGUUGGCGGAGCAGGCUGAGCGCUACGAUGACAUGGCCUGCGUCAUGAAGCAGGUGACGGAGGCUGGUGGGGAUCUGUCCAACGAGGAGCGCAACCUCCUCUCCGUGGCCUACAAGAACGUGGUGGGAGCCCGGCGCUCCUCCUGGAGGGUGAUCUCCAGCAUUGAGCAGAAGAGUGAUGGAGGCCAGAAGAAGCAGGAGAUGGCCAAGGAGUAUUUAGUAAAGAUCGAGACUGAGCUGAAGGAUAUCUGCGACGACGUACUGACUCUACUUGAAAAGUAUCUGAUCCCCAAGGCGAAUCCAGCUGAAAGCAAAGUAUUCUACCUGAAAAUGAAGGGAGAUUACUACCGCUACUUAGCCGAGGUAGCCUCGGGAGAUGAGAAAACGACCAUCAUCGAGAACUCGGAAAAGGCCUACAAGGAUGCCUUUGAGAUCAGCAAGGCCGACAUGCAACCCACACACCCCAUCCGCCUGGGCCUGGCCCUCAACUUCUCUGUCUUCUACUACGAGAUUGCGAACUUGCGUGAACAGGCUUGCAUGCUAGCCAAAACGGCUUUUGAUGAGGCCAUUGCAGAACUCGACUCCCUGAAUGAGGAGUCGUACAAAGACAGCACACUGAUCAUGCAGUUGUUGCGAGACAACUUGACACUGUGGACUUCGGACAGCAACGAGGACACUGAGGAGUGCAGAGAAAAGUGAACCCAUCUCUGCUUCUCCAGGCCCCCUGCCCCCCAGCCCCCACCCUGUUCCCCGACAUCCACCUUGCGUUGUCCCCGCUCGCUAUCCACACCAAGACCACCUCAUCAUCUGGCUUCUGUCUCUGUUUCUCUUUCUUCCUUUCUAUUUUUUUCAUUUCCUUGUCAUGGUGGGUUUUGUUUUUCUUUCUCCAGGGAUCUGUCCACUGGUAGAGGUAGUGGUGAGGAAGACUGGGUUGUGCUUUGGGGUUGGGGUGGCUUUGUGUGUUCCACAGGAGGCUGUAAACAAGCAAAUCUGCUGUUGACCUUCUCUAUGAGGCGCUGUAAUCUGUCUCAUUGAUGGGGAGGUGUUCAGCUGAGAAUGAGCUCUUGACUCCAAGCCUCAGGUCUCUCUUCACAUUGGUCAUAUAUAUUCUGCAUGUCUGUUGGUCGAGGAGUCCGACUACCCUCCAUAGUUGUUAAGUACCUCUGACAUUUUAUAGUCUAUGCUUACAAACAGUCCAGGUCUUGAAGUAGAGAAGUAGCAGUAAUCUGUAGCUAGUAAAGACACAGGAGCUGCUUCACACAGUUCAGUGUCCUGCUAGCAAGCAUGUGCUGGAAAAGGGACACCUUCUGUCUACUGUCACUUUUACAAGUUCAAGGUUUUCCUUAUUUUUCCUUCCCUUGUUAUGGGUGAUCUGCAGAUGUCAUUUUCGUUACACUUUUGUAUCAGUUACGAGGUAAAGAAAACCCAUAAGAUUAAAAAGCACAUAAGCUUGAUACUGUUACCGUAUGACUGCACAAGCAUCAAAACUUUCCUGUGUUAGAAGCGAGUUACUAUUUUUGACCAAUUAUGUUUUGGUUUUUUUUGUUUGUUUUUUUGUUUGUUUUUUUUUUGUUUUUUGAGUUUUAUAAUUUUUGAUACCUGCCUAAGUUGCAUGUGGCUAUAAAGUAAUUAAGGGGGAGUAGGUUGUUACUAUUGGGCUGGCUAGCUUUGUUUCAUGUCUUUUCGGAAUUUCAUACAAAACACCAAGCAUAAAUGUUAUUUGGAGGGAAAAUAUGUAAUUUCAUCCAUGUGGAAUAAAAAGGUAAUAAUUUAA